AUAAGAACAAGACAGUGAAGGCAGCACAACCCCUCGUCUUCCGGCUGUGGGACACUCACUCACACACACACACACACACACACACGAAUCAACAAAACAUGACCGCCUCCGCUAUCGUCCGAAGACUCGCAGCUGUGUCCGGGGCUUCGGCGGUGGCCGCCGGGGCAUACGGGGCUCACGGUUUCAAAAACAAAGAUCCCGACGAUUACCAGAGAGUGCUCUUUGAAACAGCCAACAAGUACCAUUUCUACCACAGCCUGGCCCUGCUGGGUGCUGCCCACUCUGGAAAACCUGCCGUGGCUGGCGCACUCCUUAUAGCCGGCAUGGGGAUGUUCUGCGGCUCCCUGUACCACCAGGCUCUGACGGGGGACCCUGGUCUACGCAAGGUGGCUCCCAUGGGGGGCAUGGCUAUGAUCGCCGGCUGGCUCGCCUUGAUUCUCUGAACUGUACCGGCUCAUGGCUACAUGGAAGAACUGGAGAGCCUGGAGAGACAGUGGGCUGAGUAGUUGCGCUGAAGUGUAUGAUAGUUCUUAUGUCCCCCAUCUAACUGCUCCCUGCAUCAGGCUGUGGGUGUCAGCAGGUGAUAAGGUCACAACAGGAUUAUCACUUUUAAGCGGCUGCUGCCUGUGUCCGACCGCUGCCCCCUGACUUCUUCUUUGAACUGAAUAUUCAAAUGAGUGCAGUGUGUAGUGCAUUUUGUCACCACAACAAUUUACUGAUGCAACAUGUGACUAAAUUUUACGGCAUUUCUUUAUUUUUUGCAAUAUUUCACCAACUGCAGUAAAACUGUUUAUAUAUUGCUGCAUAGGGCAAUUGUAGUAAAACUGAAGAAAGGAAUAUGAGGGAUUUAAGAUAAAAUAAACACUCUUUCCUACA